AUGUGCUACAACAACUUCUCCGGCACUGUUUUCCCAGGAUGCUACUGGGGCAGCUAUGGCUACCCUCUGGGGUAUAGCGUUGGCUGUGGUUUUGGCAGCACCUACUCUCCAGUGGGUUAUGGCUUUGGCUAUGGCUACAAUGGCUGUGGGGCUUUCGGAUACAGAAGAUACUGGCCAUAUGCUCUCUACUAA